AUGUUGAGGAUAUUCCGGAAAAGAGUUAUAACAAGGAUCGGAGCGCCGAAGGUCCUGAUAUCUGACAAUGGAGUGCAAUUCACAGGGAAGAAGACGAAGACAGCCAUAGACCGCUGGGGGCUACAGCAGCAGUUUACAGCACCAUUAACAUCGCAACAGAAACCUACGGAGCGCACCAACCGGAGAGGAACAGACCAAAUGGGACGGGAGGAUCUGCCGGAGUUGAUCCUGGCAUAUAACAGUAGCACUUUGGAAUCAACAGGUUAUAUCCCGUCGCAGUUGCUCUACGGGAAGGAGUUGCGUCUCCCCGGAACACUUUUUGAUAGGGUCACCCAAGGCUCUGGUCUGGUAAAGGAGUCACUCUCAAGCAGAUGGGAGAGGCUGAAGAAGAUCCGGUCGAAGGCACAUAAGAAUAUGGAAGAAGCAGCGGAAACCCAGAAACGGCAUUACGACUUGCGGAAAAGAGCGUGGAAACCCAGCGUAGGGAAACUGGUGUCGUGCAGAACACACUUAUUGUUGAACGCAGCGGAAAAGCUUAAUGCAAGAUUAACGCGAGCCUAA